UCUUCCACCUACCCGGCCUCGACGGCGGCGAUGGAGGCGGCGGGUGGCCGCGGCCUGGGCAGCGGCGCCGGGCGGGAGGCGCCCGCCGCCCGAUGAGGAGACAAAAGAGCAAAAAUCUGGAUCAGAAAACCCCUCCCACCAUGCAAGCAAACUGCGGUCACCUCCACAACAUCCCAGGGAGUGAUGACUCCACUCAGAGCACCCACGCAGGGAGGCUGCCAGGAGAUGCCUCGUGCCACCAGAGCGGAGAUGUCCGCAUCCAGCUGAACUCUGCGGCGGGAGAAGCCAGAGACCACACCAGCUCCCGGCACUCACGGCAGGGCUCCCAAAGUCGCUCCCAUGGACAUGCCCACAGUGAAGCAGCGGGGCUGGAUGAUUCCGCUCCAGACUCAGAGGAACAUGGUGGCAGCUCCCUCUCAGAGCUCAGAUACCUCCUGCAGUGGCUGCACAAAAGUCUGCCCUAUAUCUUGAUUCUGUGUGUCAAACUGGUCGUGCAGCAUAUAAUUGGCAUUUCUCUUGGAAUUGGGCUGCUAACAACUUAUAUGUAUGCAAACAAAAGCAUAGUAAAUCAGGUUUUUCUAAGAGAACGGUGCUCCAAGUUGCAAUGUGCUUGGUUACUGGUGUACCUAACUGGAUCAUCACUCCUCUUGUAUUACACUUUCCAUUCUCAGUCACUGUAUUACAGCUUAGUCUUCUUGAAGCCUACUGUGGAUUUUAUGGACUUGUGGGAGGUACUUUGGAUUGUGGGAAUCACAGACUUUAUUCUGAAAUUCCUCUUCAUGGGCUUCAAGUGCUUUAUUCUCUUAGUGCCUUCUUUUAUGAUGUCCUUUAAAUCAAAGGGCUACUGGUACAUGCUGUUAGAAGAACUCUGCCAGUAUUACCGUAUGUUUGUCCCCAUACCAGUUUGGUUCCGUUAUCUGAUUGGCAAAGGGGAGCUGGACAGUGUACUAGGAUGGACCCUAGGGAUACUGCUGGGCCUUCUCUACCUCAUCCUGAAAAUUUUGAGCUUUUUUGGGCAAUUGAGAAACUUCAGACAGGUCUUACGGAUAUUUUGUACACGACCACACUAUGGGGUGACAGCUAGCAAGAGACAGUGUUCUGAGUUGGAUGAUAUUUGUUCUAUCUGCCAAGCUGAAUUUCAGAAGCCUAUUCUGCUUAUCUGCCAGUAUCAAGAUUUUGCUGAAUCCUUCCAACUUGCAAAUUUGAGAGAACAGCACUCUGAUUGGAUUCAACUUUUCCUAAAGAGAGUUUUAUGGCUUGGAUCCUAUGGCUCAAAAAGAUUCAGUAUACACAGAGUAAGCAGAAUCUAUCAAAAAAUCCCUACUGUUGUGAAACACUAGAAGUAGACUUUGCACAGUCUGACUAAAGAUAAUGCAACGUGUGGCAGGCAAAAAGUGACAGGACUUGUAUGCAGUUGCAUGAUCAUCUACACACACACGCACACACCAUACACACUCUAACUAGUGUAAAGCUCUGCAGAUAUUAACCCUUUCACCAGCUAUGUUCAUGGAAAUGCUUUCUUUAAGGCAGGAAGUUAUAUAAGUAAGGUAAAGUUACCUUUAUUUUAUUCUUUGUACCUGUAAGUCUUCUUUUUUGUACAGAUUGUGACAAUUUCAAAGCAUAAAUAGUGUCCUUAAAACAUGUUUCCUAAAUUAAGUUGCUAAAGUUCUGACCCACUGUGGAAGACAUUCACUGAAAGGCCAUUUAACACUUUUCUCAUACAAUCAGCAAAUUUAUUGCCUCAGCAUAGAAAAAAAUGUCGAUAAAUUUAGAAAUGUAUAAUGGCAGGGAGCACCCAGGAACAAACAAACAAAAAAAUCCUCAAAUUCUUACCCACUGCUUACAAAAAGGUUGUGGUUUUGGGUUUUCUUUCCCUUACACUGGAGAAUUUGUGCACGUUCCCCGUGGUCCUAGGUGUCUCUAGCGACCUUGUAUCCGAUGCACAUUUUCUUGAUCUGUGGGUAAGAAUCUGAAGGCAUUCAGCUGUCUCCACCUAAGGACUACUGUAUACAAAAGUGAUGUUUCCCAGUGAAAUGUCUGCUGAGGACAAGGGUGAAAUAAGCAGGACGUGUGUGUGAGCCCAUGGCUUCCAGUAAAGCCUAGAACAUAGCAGCAUUGCCUUUUGAUUAGAUCCAUUUGUCUUUGCAGGAACAGGGAUUUCAGCUGGGUAAGCAAGGGAAACAGUUCUCUCCCACCCCACAUUGCCAAGCUGGUAAUUGAGUGAUUCAUUAUUCAUCUGUUGUUUCACCAGGAGAAGAAUCAGAACUAGAGCCUUUUACUUUCUUCACAGCAACCAAUUUUGCUUCUAUAAUUUUGGGAUGCUUUCCAUAAUGAGCUGAAUCAAAAAAAUCUAUUUGAAAAAUAUAUAUAUUUUUAUAUAUAUAAAAAAAACUCAUUAUGUUUUGAAUGUGAAAUACCAAUUCAUUUCCUCUUUCAUCUUUGAUUCCACCCCAUUGUAGGAAACAGCUUAACCAAGCUUGCAUGCUAAUCACCCCUCAGACACAAGCGUGCAGGCAUUUCAUACUCUGCCUAGUGAAAGGGCUAACCCUCCUCGACACAUUCACCACUAGACCAGUGAUUCUGAAGCAACAUCCUGACCCUUAAUACUGUCAGUUUCAAGCUAUCAAGCUGAAAAAUCCUUGAUAAGGUGAGAAGAUGUCACCGUGAAUCAGUUAGAUGAUGUGCCUAGAGUUCUGCAAUACCAUUUUCUAAAAGUUUUUUUUGUCUUUUGUUGUUUUUUUUAUGCACC